UGACGGGGGAUUUUUGCGGGCGGAACCGGCAGCCGAUUGCGCCCGGCGGCGGCCCCACUUGAGGGAAGACAAGUGAAGGAACCCUCAGCCCCCGUGAGCCGUGAAAAUGAGCAACGACAGCACGUCCGACUCUGUGCGGCUGGUGCCUCAGCUAUCGGCCUUUGUCAGGCUGGUGGCCAAGGAGACCGAGAAGAUGGUCUCCUACUUCUUCAAAGGGGAACAGUGUGACGAGGUGGGACCGUACCUGGACAAGCCGGUAACUGAGAAAUUCGGCACCCAGGGCUCGGGCAACGCAUUGAGGUACGGAAUGAGCAGCAUGCAAGGGUGGCGGGCACAGAUGGAAGAUGCCCACACCAUCGUGCCAGCCCUGCCCAAGGGCCUGCAGGCCUGGUCCUUCUACGCUGUGUUUGACGGGCACGCGGGCUCCAAGGUCGCCCACUAUUGCUCCGAGAAUCUCCUGGGCUACAUCACGGGCAAUGAGGAUUUUGGCGGGGACCGGGGCAGGACCAUGGAUCACGUGAAGAACGGGAUCAGGACCGGCUUCCUGGAGAUCGACAGCCGCAUGCACAGCUUGUCCCGGUUUUACGGCUGGGAUCGGAGCGGGUCCACGGCAGUGGCCGUGAUGGUGUCUCCGCAUCACCUUUACUUUGUCAACUGCGGGGACUCGAGAGCCGUGCUGAGCCGGAACUCCAGCGUCUGCUUCUACACCGAGGACCACAAGCCGUUCAAACCCCGGGAGAAGGAGCGCAUCCAGAACGCCGGGGGCACCGUCACCUGGCAGAGGGUCAACGGCUCCCUGGCCGUGUCCAGGGCACUGGGCGACUUUGACUUCAAGGCCGUGGAGUGGAGAGGUCAGACCGAGCAGCUGGUGUCGCCCGAGCCGGAGGUAUACGAGAUGCUGAGGUCGGACAGCGACGAGUUCAUCAUCCUGGCCUGCGACGGGAUCUGGGACACCAUCACCAACGAGGACCUGUGUAAGUUUGUGCGCUCCAGGCUCCAGCUCACCCCCGACCUGGAGGACAUCUGUAAGCAGGUGAUCGACGUCUGUCUAUACAAGGGAAGCCAGGAUAACAUGAGCAUCAUCCUGCUCUGUUUCCCCAAUGCACCCGGAGUCUCACAGGAAGCAAUUCAGAGAGAGGUGGAGCUCAAUGCUUACAUCGAGGAGAAAGUGACAGAGAGCUUCAGGCAGGAGGAGGAGGAGGAGCAGGGCUCGGCCAGCCUGUUCAGAGUGAUGCAUGACUUAGCUCAGCAGAACCUCCCCAACCUGCCCCCGGGGGCCGGACUCUGCAGCAAGAGGGACCUGAUCGUGACGAUGUACAAAAAGCUGAAAGCGGAGACCGAAGCCGUGAAUUCCAGGGAUUCAGAGGAAAGCCGGUAGCUCACACCCGGAGCAUCCCAGCACUCAUGGUGAUAUUUACGUAUCUCCAUCUUGGCCUGAAGCUGGGAUUUCUCCCAUUCCCGCCCGGGGUUUGAGACGAGCUGGACACGUGAGAGAUUUGGGGGUGGUGGGGGGGGGGGUGUAAAUAAGGGAAGUUUGCGUUUAGUACGCAGUGCUUGUUGUUCCCCGGGUACUGUCUGCCAUAGUGGGUAGACAUUGCUGGGUAGGUGCUGCCUGGUGGAGGGCACGUUAUGUAGAGCCAAUAUCUGUGUAAAGCCCAAUGGUCAAGGGUGGAUAGUGUACGUGGUGGUGUAUAUUGGACUGAGGGGUCGGAGAGUGAAGUUUCUGUCACUCCACUAAUAAUAAUAAUAAAAAUAAUAAUAAUAAUAGUAC